AUGUCGCCGCACCAAGGGACAAGACAGCAGCCAGACCUUCGGCCAGGCAGUUUCAGAGAUCACCUCUGUGAGAAGGCCAACAGAAAAGGCCGAGCUGUGAUCAUCUCAGACGACGAGGGCAGCGACGACGAGCUCGUCGUCACAAGAGGUCGAAGGAUCCCGGUCACAAAGGCACGGAAAAUCAUCGACAUAAAUCAUGUCCAACAGGCUGCCAGCAGACCAUUAAGGUUGCAACCCGGGAGCGAUGUCAAGCUAACAGAUCAAUCAUUCAUUCGGAUUGUGGAAUACAUCCCCGACAGCGUUGAGGGCCCCUUCAUCAGAGGGCACAGACUCCUUUUCCAAAACCACUGGGAGUUGUUGAUGCAAGAGAGACGAAACGAGCUAGUGCAGCUCGUCAAGAUCAAUGACAAAAUGGAGGUGGAGGACUCCAUAUCGACAGUACCCGUCCACGAGGUUACAGGAAAUUGUACCGUCAUUUUCACCAACCGGGAGUACCCGGACCUCCAAUACCGAAAGCAUGUCGAAGUGGUCACUGGAGAUGACCAGGACCAAGACAUAUACUUCUGCAGAUACAAGAGUGCAGACUGCAAUGUCGCCUCUGAUGAGCGGGACCCAUCCCGGCCACCAAAGAUGGGCAGGAUUGAACGGCUUCAUCCAGACGAGGCAGAUAACGGCGUCCUUGUCACCCGUUUGGGUGACAUCGAGUUUGCGAUCCCAGAUACGGAGCUGCGUCGUCGAUGGCGAGGAGUGGACCGCUCGCAAAACAAGAAAUAUACCUUUGGGGAUGCCUUCUGUGGUGCUGGAGGUACCUCGUCUGGUGCUUUCCAAGCAGGGCUCAAGCUGAAAUUCGGUAUCGACUUCGAUAAAGCGGCGAUCCAGACUUAUCGGCGUAACUUUGGCAUGACCAAGGCGGAAAUCCUUCGUGAAGACGUUGCCGAGUUCAUUAGGCAAGCAUCCUCAGUAGAGGGCGAAAGUAUCGUCGAUUACUUGCAUAUGAGCCCGCCGUGCCAACCAUUCUGUGGCUGCAACCGCAAUCCGAACCGUGAGAAGAACGAAAAAGACAUCGACUCCUUCUCCAGGGUCUCUGCCCUGAUAGAGGUGUGCAAACCGCGGAUCGUCACCCUGGAGGAGGCAAAGAGCCUGACGGACAUUGACAAGAGGAAGUACUUCCGCAAACUCAUUUCCGGUUUCAUCAGAAAGGGAUACAGCGUACAGUGGAAAGUCGUCGAACUGUCCAAGUAUGGCGUACCUCAAACGAGGAACAGAACCAUCAUCAUUGCGUCAGGGCCAGGCGAGAAGCUUCCUCCUUUUGUCCAACCCACCCAUGGCACCAGUCCAGGCCUUCUCCCGAUCCCGACAAUCAGCAGCACCAUCGACACCAUCCCUGCCGAUGCGGAGCACCAACACGAAAUCCCAGAAAUGCGCAGCACCAAGGACGCCUACGCCGGUGACAAGCUGUGCCAAACUAUCAUGACGGCAGUGAAGCCUUAUCACUAUCACCCAUCCGGCACUCGAAGAUUCAGCAUCCGCGAAUAUGCCAGUUUGCAGACCUUUGAGCUCACUUUCGCCUUUGAGGGGACCAUUACCGAAAAGUUGAAACAAAUUGGAAAUGCGGUCCCACCGUUGUUCGCGAAAACCUUGUUUGUACACUUGAAGGCGGCGCUGGGUGCGGCAGACGAUGCCGAAGACAUGGAGCAGUAG